UCACCGCCCAGUCUAUCAACAGUCCAAAGUUUGCUCUUGAACUUUCCCUAGUCCCACCUGAGACUGCAAGACCUUUCCCCUUCCUCUUGCUGUUUGGAACCUUUGUCCGUUAUUCGGAUGCUUUAACAGUGAUUUCGUGCUAGUUUUGGCUCAUUUCCAGGCUCUCCAAACCACAAAAGGACGGCUUCGGGGAAAGUGAGAAGGAAAAGGAGCGGUGGCGGGGUGUGUGUGUGUACUGGAGUCUGCUCGCUAUACUCCUUUAGACGGCUUUAGCAACGCCACAGAGCUCGCUGGACUUCACGACUGCGUUUUUUUUUUUUAAAUCUUCGUUUAUUUUUUAAUUCUCUGAGCUGUUUUGAUUCCGCGAAACAAAUAUGGCUAGAAUGCUGAGCAAGGACCUGCCGGAUAUCGAGCUGUAGACUGAUUAUAGUCAGCGGAACCCAAGAGUGUCUUAUUCCUGUUUUCUACACAACCAUGCCAUUACCUCCUCCAGUUUACCUAAAGGAUCUGCCCAAAGAAUAUAUUGGCUUAUCCACACUGCAUUAUAUGAAAAUGGAUAGAAUAUCCUUGCCCUCAAUCCGAGGGUGAAGAGCCAUGCUGUGCUCCACUCCACUGCAGCCAAGAAAGCUGAGAAAAAGCACUGGAAGAGGAACACAGAGAAAGCCUGUGAUAUGUCUAAAGUGUGCAGAUGCACCUUGUCAGAAGAGCUGCCCCACUAAUAUCGACAUAAAGGCUUUUAUCACCAGCAUCUGUAACAAGAACUAUUACGGGGCAGCGAGGGCAAUCCUGUCGGACAACCCUCUGGGCCUGACAUGUGGGAUGGUGUGUCCCACCUCAGACCUGUGUGUGGGUGGCUGUAACCUCUACGCCUCGGAGGAAGGGCCUAUCAACAUCGGAGGAUUGCAGCAGUUUGCCGUUGAGGUGUUCAGUAAGAUGGGUAUUCCUCAAGUGAGGAUGCCUGGCCUUCCUCCUCCCGAACAGAUGCCUGAGAGUUACCACUCGAAGAUCGCUCUGAUCGGCUGCGGCCCUGCCAGCAUUAGCUGCGCCUCGUUCCUCGCCCGUCUCGGUUACAGCGACAUCACCAUUUUUGAGAAGGAGAAGUAUGUCGGCGGACUGAGCUCUUCAGAAAUCCCUCAGUUCCGCCUGCCCUAUGAGGUGGUGCAGUUUGAGCUGGACCUGAUGAAAGACCUGGGAGUGAAGAUCAUCUGCGAGAAAGGACUAGGCCAAGAUGGAAUGACACUCCAGUCGCUGAAAGAGCAGGGAUACAAAGCUGUCUUCAUUGGAAUUGGUCUACCUCAAGCUAACAGGCACAAAAUCUUUGAAGGCCUCUCUAUGGAGCAGGGAUUUUAUACCUCCAAGGAUUUUCUCCCACUAGUUGCCAAGGCCAGCAAACCAGGGAUGUGCAGCUGCCGCUCAGUGCUGCCUCGACUCCACGGCUCUGUGAUUGUCCUGGGCGCUGGAGACACUGCCUUUGACUGUGCCACCUCUGCCCUGCGCUGCGGCGCACGCCGGGUCUAUGUGGUGUUCAGACGUGGCUUCACCAACAUCCGUGCAGUCCCUGAAGAGAUGGAACUGGCUAAGGAAGAGAAGUGCGAGUUCCUGCCUUUCCUGUCACCGAGAGAGGUUAUACUAAAGAAGGGCCUCGUGCACGCUAUGGAGUUCUGCCGAACGGAGCAAACCGAGACGGGCGAAUGGGUUGAGGACCAGGAGCAGAUAAUACGCCUCAAAGCCGACUUCAUCAUCAGUGCUUUCGGCUCAGUGCUGAAUGACCCUAAAGUGAAAGAGGCCAUGGCUCCCAUCAGGUUAAACAGAUGGGGGCUUCCUGAGCUGAGCCUGGAGAGCAUGCAGUGCAGUGAGCCAUGGGUGUUUGCUGGGGGCGACGUAGCCGGCCUCGCCAACACCUCUGUGGAGUCAGUCAACGAUGGCAAGCAGGCCUCCUGGCACAUCCACAAAUACUUACAGGCCAUUCACGGGCAGAUGGUCAGCAGUGAGCCACAACUGCCUCUCUUCUACUCACCCAUCGACACUGUGGACAUCAGCGUGGAAAUGUGUGGGAUCAAAUUCCCAAAUCCAUUUGGCCUGGCCAGUGCUCCACCCACCACCAGUGCAGCGAUGAUACGCAGAGCCUUUGAGCAAGGCUGGGGCUUUGCCCUCACCAAAACCUUCUCUCUUGACAAGGAUCUGGUGACCAAUGUAUCUCCACGAAUCGUGCGGGGAACCACAUCAGGUCCGAUAUUCGGCCCAGGCCAGGGUUCCUUCCUCAACAUCGAGCUAAUCAGCGAGAAAACCGCAGCCUACUGGUGCCAGAGUGUGUCCGAGCUUAAGGCAGACUUCCCUCACAACAUUAUCAUUUCCAGCAUAAUGUGCAGCUACAACAAAGCUGAUUGGACUGAGCUUGCCAAAAUGGCAGAGGCUUCUGGAGCUGAUGCCCUGGAGCUGAAUUUAUCCUGCCCUCAUGGAAUGGGAGAGAGGGGUAUGGGACUCGCCUGCGGGCAGGAUCCAGAGCUGGUGCGGAACAUCUGCCGUUGGGUACGACAAGCUGUCUCGAUCCCGUUCUUUGCCAAGCUGACCCCUAAUGUCACCAACGUUGUGGAUAUUGCCAAGGCUGCACAUGAAGGUGCUGCAGAUGGCGUCACUGCCACCAACACGGUCUCAGGCCUGAUGGAACUGAAUGCAGACGGCUCUCCCUGGCCUGGCGUCGGCCGAGACAAGCGCACCACAUAUGGCGGCGUGUCUGGCAAUGCCAUUCGUCCCAUUGCCUUGCGUGCGGUGUCGGCUAUAGCCCAGGCACUCCCUGGUUUUCCUAUCUUGGCCACUGGGGGCAUCGACUCUGCUGAGUCUGGCCUACAGUUCCUCCAUGCCGGCGCCUCAGUACUGCAGGUUUGCAGUGCUGUGCAGAAUCAGGAUUUCACAGUGAUAGAGGACUACUGUGUGGGACUGAAAGCUCUGCUCUAUCUAAAGAGCAUUGAGGAGCUGCAGGGCUGGGAUGGUCAGUCUCCCCCCACUGUCCGCCACCAGAAAGGCAAACCUGUGCCCACUAUGCAAGAGCUGCUUGAAAAGAAAUUGCCAAAUUUUGGCCCAUAUCUUGAGGAGAGGAAGCUGGCCAUAGCAAACUACAAAGAGAAGCUAACCGAUCUUAAAGACAACACACCUCCUUCCGGUGGCUCAAGAAUUAACACCCCUAAGAAACCUGUGCCAGCUGUUAAAGAUGUGAUAGCCCGAGCUCUGAAGCACAUUGGAGCAUACCAGGAGCUGAACAACCAGGAGCAAGUGCAGGCUCUCAUAGAUGAAGAGAUGUGCAUCAACUGUGGAAAGUGUUACAUGACCUGCAACGACUCUGGAUACCAGGCCAUUACAUUUGACCCUGAGACCCAUUUGCCUGUGGUUCAGGACAGCUGCACCGGCUGCACUCUCUGCUUCAGCGUCUGUCCCAUCAUCGACUGCAUCCAAAUGGUUACCAGGACAACGCCCUACGUGCCAAAGAGAGGCCUCCCUCAAGCCAUCAUGCCUGUAUGCUGAAUGAAAGAAGAGAAGGAGACAGGAAAGAAAGAGAGAGAGAGAGAGAGAGAGAGAGAGAGAGAGAGAGGAACGAGAGCAAGAGGGAAAGAAAGAGUGAGGAAGAAUAACGGAAAAAAAUCACCAAAUGUCUACAUCAGAGCAUUGAUUUCAGUACAUAAUUGCAGGGUGAAAAAUGACCUUUGUUGUAAAGGAGGGGGGAGCAAAUAAUUAGUUUUGAGAAAUAAUUGCAUUAUAUUCUGAAGCCAAUUAUCCAGAAAUAAUCGCACAGGCAAAAAUACUUGCGUUAUUUCAAAACAAUAGCGGGGCAACGUGUUGUGGAGUUCAUUCGCUCCUCUUUGUCAGGGCUGUGCUAAUGAGAAUGAAGAGGGACGAUUCAAAUAAUGGAUGUUCAUGAUGAUGCAGGGAGCCCAUGCCACCACUGCAUGCUGUGUCUCCCAGCAAGACAUAGUGACAGUGCAUCCUGUAAGCUCACUGGUCAAAUGAGACAUCAUUUAAAACAUCAGGGAAAGCAUCAGAUAUACAAGUGGUUGUAAUAACAACGGACAAAUAUUGAAUAAUAUUGUUUUGUGAACAUUUCUAACGUAUAUAACAACUUGUUUGAUUGUCAUCUUGUUUACAGACCAUGUGCAUAUGUUCAAACAAGCGCAGUUCCUUUUGAAGCUUUGAUUAGUAAGUGGUUAUUCUGAGAGCCGGCUUGCUCGUGUUAUACUGCGAACGCCAUGUAGAAAGGUCAGCGUUGACUGGUUCCAGAUCAUUAGAUAUGAAGACUAGCUGUGAUUCAUUCUAGACCCUAAAGGUCAGCUCUGACCACUUCUAUCUCAAUAAAUCCACACUGCUCCGGGUUGUGUGCCUUCAUGCAACUGUUCCAUGUCAGCACUACAAAAUGUUACUGCACAGGAACAGGAUGUGUCACUGAGCUGUCACAAGGAAGGGCUGUGAGAGUUAUUUCAUUUAUUUAUCCUGUUGCACACAGUGACACAGUAUUUCAGAUGAUCUCUAUUCCACAAGCGGGUAAAGUAGAAUGUGACGACUGAAAUUUGACGAGUAAUUAAAUUAAUUUUGUCACCCCAUGUUUAACUGUAUCUAACACGAAUAAAAAAGAAGCAUUUAUCACAA